ACGGAGUCACUGUUGGGGCUCAAAAUGUUCGAUUCAGCAGCUCGCUAACGGAUACGUCAAAGGUGAACAGCUGGAAAGAGUCAAAGUCAACUGCCUUCAUCUGCGGACACCUUGCAAGAGGGGCCGUUCGUUCCGACCCCCUCGAGAGGUCUCGCCGUGUUUGUCUGGGGUCGACCCCUCAAGCCUCCCAGCAACAGCGCAGCUCGAAUCGCUGAGACGGACCUGCUAAUUCUCAGAUCGGACACCACCGCUGACUACUUUGUUGAACAAGCGUCGAGACACGAGACGUGAGGCUACCGCUGAAUACAAGUCAGCAUGUCCUCUCCCCAGCACAGUGGCCGACUCGAGACGCGAAACUCGUCUCCGCAGCCCCAUGACGAGAGAAAGCAACACCACCAGCUGGAACAAGACCUAGAUGCGGCGAGGCAAAUGAGCAGGGUUCGGCAGAGCAGCUUCUCCCACCAUCCAGGUUCAGUAUCGCCACCACGAGCGUCUCCCAUUGUCUCACGCUGUGCCGAGCCCGAUCCAUUUUUCGAAGACCGAAUGCCGGUCGCGGGAUCGCCAUUGAAUGUCCGGCAGCGUAACGACAGCUUGAGCGGUGCUGCUGCCUCCCCUCUCGCGCUUAGCUCCUCCAUAGUCCCCAUUUCCGCAAGCCAGCAGCGUACCUCGCCCGCCGUUGCUCGUUUCUAUCAGCACCAUGGACGAAGAGGUUCCAAUGCCAGCGUGAACAGCGAGAGUCACUUCAUCGAUCACCGACACCAGCAGCACUCACUCGGUGCCAACGCCAACUACAAUAUGGGCCGCAGCUACAGGGGCCCUGCCAGCAUGCGACCGCUAGGCACACUGAUAGGCCGGCCAGAAAGGGUUGGCGACGAGUCGACAGCUAUGGACGACGGGGACACAUCAUCCCGGGCCGUAGCAGAUGGCGAUCGCUUCCAUGCUGGCCCGACGCCGGCGAGUCCAUCGCAGAUGCUCGAUAUGGGGUCUGGACAAGGAGCGGGGGCAGCAGCCGGCCGCAAUGAUGGCGCCUCGCCACGCACACUUUCGCGACGUGCUUCCAUGGUCGAAGAUGAUGUGUGUUUCCCCCUUCCCGCGCGAUCGCCUCACGCCGAGCAUCAUCCCCACCCAAGCGAGCUAUACGGGGGGUAUGCCGAUGAUUACAUGGACGAUCAUGACGCUCCGCACCAUGCGGCUGAGAGUGGCGUAGAGCUGCCACCAGGCUAUCCUUACACCUUCGAUCUGCAGGCGCUAGAGGACUUUGCUGGUGAGGAGCGAGCGCGAGCGGAAGCCUCCACGAGCCAGGGAAAGAUUGGCGCUGGCGGACUUCGGCACCGCGCGGGAGGCGCAGCGCGUAAUUCCAGACAGCUCAGCAUUGCCAGCGCUGCAGCAUAUGGCAUAUCUCCCGAGUCGGACGAUGCAACUUUCUACUCCCGCCGGCCUCGCAAAUACACACCAGACGAGGCGGCGGCCGCUCGCGGCAUUGUCGGCGGAUUGUCGGCCGGGACGAGCAAGUACCAGCGAAAACUUGCGCUAUUUGAAUCGCACGCUGGAAGUGCCGAUCCGCCUAGUAUCCCAGGUGUGCCGCGCACGGGUGAUCGCUCGACCACUGGAGGCGAGUGGGCGAUCGGCAACAUUAUGGGAUCAGGCGCCCUGCUCGAAGAGGAACGCAGGAAAGUGAGUCGCUCGGAUGUCAAGACGCCGUUGCUCAAGGACACAGAUCACGCGCCGGCUUAUGACGGCACAUAUGGCGAACUCAAAGAUGAAGCAGCCGGUAAGCUACGCGGCCACUCUUCGGGAAUUUUUAGCCCCAGUGGGGGCGGCGGUCCCAGCGGCACCGGGAGGGAUAUGUCCGAGAAGGAUAAGCCAUACCGCUUCACUUUCUACUCGAAUGCACUUUCUUCGACCAUUCAUGCCAGGCAUCUCUUUGAGCUGCCGGCGCCAGACCAGACAUUCGAGGAUCUACUGCGUGGACGCCCACCACGCGAUGCUUCAGAAGAAGCCGAGGAGGGCAACGACCGAACGAAAGAAUAUCAGAGUCAAAGCCAGAGUCAAAGUCAUAGUCGGCCUCCCAGCCAAGCAGGCAUGAAUGCAGCGCACAGCGCGUCGCGCAUCGCACCCCUCGUUAGCAACGCAGGUGCCGGCGCACAAGGACGGGUCGAGGGGGUGACGGCUCCGCCGACACGGACUGGCACCCCGUUAGUGGGAGAUGGAAAUGGCGGAUUUGGACGAGCUCAAUCGCCCUUCCCUGGUGGACUGUCUGCAGCAAAGAUAGCGAUGCAGAACUCGGCUUUGACAACUGCGACGAGUGGACAGCCUAGUGGGAGCUGUACCGGCAAUGGGCACAGCGACACCACUGCCACGAAUCAAGGCAACGGAAAUGGUAAUGGCAAGGGAGCACACAACGGCAAAGUUGCUCCGGAGCUGGCCAAGACGUUACCAGGCGGACAGAUUAUGAUGGAUAAUGACCCGGAGGCAAACACAUGGUGGCUGGACGUGCUGUGUCCGACUGAUCAAGAGAUGAAGCUGCUUGCAAGGGUCUUUGGUAUCCACCCCUUGACUACAGAGGAUAUCCUAAUGGAAGAGACGCGCGAGAAGAUCGAACUUUUCCGCAACUAUUACCUUGUCUGCUUCCGCUCCUUCGAUCAAGACCCUUACAGCCCAACCUACUUGGAGCCGCUGAAUAUGUACAUCAUCGUCUUCCGCGAGGGCACGCUUUCCUUCCAUUUCAAGGCGACACCGCAUCCGCAAAAUGUCCGCAGACGCAUCAAGCAGCUUAAAGACUACAUCAAUGUCACGAGCGACUGGAUCUCGUACGCCCUCAUUGACGACAUCACCGAUGCGUUUGGACCGCUCAUCCAAAACAUUGAGUACGAAGUUGACUCUAUCGAUGAGUUGGUGCUGAUCCUGCGCGAGGCAGAACAGAGUGACAUGCUGCGAAGAAUCGGUACUUGCCGCAAGAAGGUCAUGGGCUUGUUGCGUCUGAUGGGCAACAAGGCAGAUGUCGUCAAAGGUCUUGCCAAACGUUGCAAUGAGAAUUGGUCCGUCGCGCCUAAGUCAGAUAUUGGCCUCUACCUUUCCGACAUUCAAGAUCACUUGAUCACCAUGACCCAAAACCUGAACCAUUACGAAAAGAUUCUCAGUCGCUCGCAUUCAAACUAUCUUGCGCAAAUUUCGAUUGAGAUGACAGAUGCAAACAAUGAGAUUAAUGACGUCUUGAGCAAGCUGACUGCGCUGGGUACGGUCAUAGUACCGCUAAAUGUCAUCACUGGUCUCUGGGGUAUGAACGUCAAUGUCCCCGGUCAAGAUGUCACAAACCUUUACUGGUUUGGUGGGAUUGUUUCUGUCAUGGUGGUCAUUGCCGUGUCGGGCUACUUUGCCGCCAUCCGAUAUCUAAAGCGUUGAUGUCCUUCAUCGCUACCUCCGCUCGGAGGAAACUUUCCUUUGCCACUUGCCUCGCCUCGCCGGGGAGUUCGUUCGAGUUCUACUCGAUCUCAUUCGCUUCGGUGGCACAUAGAUUCCUGAGACCUGGCAGCAUACCUGUACAUUCCUCAUGAAUGCGCUGAGUGUGAUUAUUGUACAUAGAUGCUGAAGGAAAUGAAACCUGAUGGCA